AUGACGCUGGCGAUCUUCGGGGAGAGGCAAAGCGGCGAGGACGUCCGUUCCGCCAACGUGGCUGCGGUGAUGGCUGUGGCCAACGUCUUGAGGUCUUCUUUGGGGCCGCAGGGUUUGGACAAAAUGCUGGUGGACGACAUCGGAGAUGUGGUGGUCACCAACGACGGAGCCACAAUUCUGAAGCAACUCGAAGUGCAGCACCCCGCAGCAAAAGUGCUGGUGGACUUGUCCGACAUGCAGGAUAGAGAAGUGGGAGACGGGACAACUUCCGUGGUGCUGCUGGCUGCGGAGCUGCUUCGGCUGUCUGUACAGCUCAUCAAAGACGACCUCCACCCCACAGCAGUCAUCGCCGGCUACCGCCUCGCCAUGAAGGAGAGCGUGCGGUACUUGAAAUCGCGGCUGAGUCUGCCGCUGCAAAAACUCGAAAUGGACUUUUUGCUUUCUGUGGCGAAGACCUCUUUGGCUUCGAAGUUCAUUGCAGCAGAAAACACUUUUUUUCCCCAACUCUGCUGCCGCGCAGUCCACGCAGUCAAAACCGUGACGGAAAAGGGGGAAACGAAGUACCCCGUGGAUUCAAUUUCGAUUUUGAAGACUCACGGAAAGAGCGCGAGAGACAGCGAACUUGUUGAUGGUUUUGCUCUGAAGGCUUCCCGAGCUGCUCAGGGAAUGCCGAUGGUGGUAAAAGACGCGAAAAUUGCUCUUUUGGAUUUCGGACUGAGACAACACCGCAUGCAACUUGGAGUUUCCAUAGAAGUCACAGACCCCCAGGCCCUCGAGAAGAUUCGCCAAAAGUCAGCAGCAGCAGCAGCAGCAGCAGCAGCAGCAGCAGCAGCAGCAGCGGCAGCGGCAGCAGCAGGGGUAGUAGUGGUAGGAGGAGGGGUAGCACAAGCAGCAAGUGCAGCAGCAGCAGCAGCAGCAAGCGGAGCAACGGAAAAAGACAUUGCGAUGCAGCGCGUCAAACAAGUGCUGCAGUCCGGAGCCAAUGUCAUCAUCACCUCGCAAGGCAUCGACGACAUGUGUCUGAAGUACUUCGUGGAGGCUGGGGCCAUUGCUGUGCGCCGCGUGUCUAAGAAGGACCUGCGCAGGAUUGCAAAGGCCACGGGAGGGAGCGUGUGCGUGACGCUGGCGACGCUGGAGGGAGACGAGUUCCUGGACCCCGGGAGUUUGGGAACUUGUUCGGAAGUUUCGGAAGAAAGAGUUGGAGAUUGGGAUUAUAUUUUCUUCCGAGGCUGCAAAGCAGCAAAAGCGGCGACGAUCAUCCUGCGGGGCGCGAACGAGUACAUCCUGGACGAGCUGGAGCGGUCUUUGCACGACGCGUUGUGCGCAGUGAGCCGCUGCCUGAGCUGCUGCGCAGUGUGCCCCGGAGGCGGGGCUGUUGAAGCUGCUUUGUCAGUUUAUUUAGAAGACUUUGCAAGAACUUUGGGAAGUCGAGAACAGCUGGCAGUGGCGGCCUUCGCAGAGGCCCUGCUGGUGGUCCCGAAGACUCUGGCGCUGAACGCGGCGCUGGACGCGACGGAGUUGGUGGCGCGGCUGCGGGCCGCGCACGCGCAGCAGCAGAGUGUGGGGCGGGAGCUGGGAUCGGGAUCGGCCGCGGGAUCCGAUCCCCGCGAGCUGCAGGGGCUCGACCUCCGCAGCGGCAAACUCUGCAGCUCCCUCAACUCCGGAGUCGCGGAGGCCACUUUCGCUAAGUCCAAAAGUCUCAAGUUUGCCACGGAGGCUGCUGUCACUAUUCUCCGCAUCGACGACUUCAUUCGCCUGGCCCCGGAGCCCGAGCGCAAGGAAAGGGAAUAA